AUGGACGAGUAUGACAAUAUAGCAAACCCGGUGUCCCUGGUAUUCGAUAGGAUUCGUUGGUGCACGCGGCUUGUAACCCUGUCUUGUCCGAUGAUCGACGGGGCAAUAUGGAAGCACCUCUCCCACAUCCCUACCCUUCUCAAAUUGGAAAUUGUUCACGGGUAUGAUGACCCUCCUUCGCUGUCAAAAAGAGAUAUCGUGAAUUUAUCAUUCCUUAAUCUCACGAGUCUUUCCUUUCGACAGCUGGACGAUGGUGCAGACAUCAUCACAGUCAUACAACACUCGCAAUUUCCCUCACUGAAAGAGUUCAAGCUUGAAGCCAGCUAUCUGACUUCAGAAGCGGCAGAGCGACUCUUUCAUGCUUUGUCCCACUGCAAAGCGUGUCAGACUAUAGAAACAAUCUCCUUUUGUUUAUUUGAUGAAGAUCCCGAAGACGUCGAGACUUUGACACCAAUUCCACAUUUCCUUUGCUUUACACAGCUUCGAACCCUGCAGCUCAUAUUCAAUGAUUCGUACAUCUACCUAGACAAUGACAUGCUCUUGCAAGCUAUGUCUAGUUGGCCGCACAUCCACACUCUGGAAAUCAACUACUCUGUUGACCGUGCUCCUUCUUCCGAAGUCUCCCUCCAUGGAUUAUUCACAGCGCUCGGUCUAUGUCCACAAUUGCAUACACUACUAGUCCCAAUCAAUAUUGCAACUCUCGACGUCGAUCCUGAUGCUGAGCCAAUACAACAUACCUCCCUACGAUCAUUGGGAUUGGAGACAUCGGAGUCUGAAAUAGCAGAUGCUGAAACUCUCGCUCGCAUCAUUUCCGCGUGGCUCCCUUGUGUUGACCGAGUUCAAAGUCUGGACUAUAUGCGUUGGGAUGAAGUCAACAAGCAUCUCAAAUCUUUGACAGCGGCUGCUGCGCUGUAUGUUGUGGGAGCCUCCUAG